GAUCAGAUCAGAAUAGGUCAGAGGAGAUCUUGUCCGUGGUGGAGAAGAGGUUGCGGGGGUUCUCCUCAUCCGAUUUCUUGCGAAUGUCCUUCCUCGGUCAGCUCAUUUGGUGUCGAUGAAAAGUGGGAGCAGUCGGAGAAGCGAGGAGUGAAGCGGAAACCGAGCGGCCUCGUGCAACUGCGGUCAGGCGUCCGCGGACACGCACUCGUCGCCUCGGUUUCAUAG